AAUGGGCAUAUCUUCCACGCGUCGUCUCCUGAAUAAUAAGAGCAGAGAAGUAAGAGCAACGAAGAUGGCAUCCGCCGACCUAAAUCCGAUGAAGUCCAUGCCCAUGAUUACACUCUACCUCUUCUUCAUUUUAACUUCUUCACCUCACUUCUGCGAAUCCAAACCCGACCAAGACGACCCGACUCCAACUCCAUGGCCGCUUCAGUUCCACUCCAUCCUCGUCAUGAACUACAGUGGUAUUCUCCAAGUGAUCGACCUCUGGUAUGAUUGGCCCAACGGCAGAAACUUCAACAUAAUUCAGCACCAGCUGGGCAAUGUCCUCCACGACCUUGAGUGGAACAAUGGGACAUCCUUCUUCUACACCCUCGAUUCUUCCAGAACUUGCAGCAGUGCCCAGCUCGAGGUUGGGAUUUUACGCCCCAACUGGCUCGACGGAGCUACGUACUUGGGUCAGCGGAGCGUUGAUGGGUUCCUUUGCAAUGUGUGGGAGAAAGUCGAUUUCAUCACGUAUUUCGAGGAUGUCCUCAGUAAGAGGCCCGUUCACUGGGUCUUCUACACCGGGAGGGAGGCGCAUGUGAUGACAUUUGAAGUGGGAGCAGUUCUUGAGGAUUCCAAGUGGCAAGCUCCCGUCUACUGCUUCGAUAACACCACCAAAACCUCAACUGAUUCCGCCACCCAGAGCUUGCUGGAUGGUGUUCUCAAAGGUUCUGCUGUGCUAUGAAUUUUCCUGUCAUAUUUAUUUCACCCCUGCCGUUGUGAUGAACUAACUGAUGAUAAUAAAUUUGCAGAAGUAUUCCUGGUUUCA